AUUUCAACACGAAAACAACAUGGUGCGACCGUCGGGACUUGUGCUUGCGCUCGGCGCGGUGGCCGUGACUAUUGUGGCGCUCAGCAUCUCCAAGCUGUUCAGCAAGGAUGAUGGGUCUUCUUUUGAAGAAGAUGACGAAUCGGCUGAGGAGUCCAACACGUCUGGCUCGCCCGUGACCAAGAAGCAAUUGGUGCGAUACUUGAACGAAGUGGCCGAGACCAUCGAAGGCAUUGUGGCCCAACUGCCCGACUUGGCGAAAAUGGUCAUGGAAGAGGCAAAUGCCCUCGGCCAGUACGUACCCGAGGACCAAGUACAAACGAUCCUGGCCCAGCGAUUGAGCGAAGCCGUUCGCAUGGCGGAAGCUUCCCUCGCAGACAAGUAUUCUCUCGCCGAACUCGACAUCAAGCACGCUGUGCACGACAUGCACACCGACCCCGACGUGCGUCGCGCCAUUGAAAACUUUCAGCGCGUGAUUGAAAACAGCCCCCUCGGACAAGCGCCGCCGGUGGAAGCGGCGGUGGACGUCCCAUCGCACGUCACGGCCGAGUACACACUGACGGCCAUGUCUGCCGUGCUGGACGGCGUCGGUCGUGCCAUGGAAGAGGCGCUGGCUGAAGCCAAGGCGGCUGGCCUGCGUGACGUCACAGCUGACGCUCACAUGUGGCAAGACGCGUAUGUGGAAAAGUCGACGGCGUACACGGCCGAGUUGCAUGCACUGUAUCGCGUGUCCGAGCCCAUUUUGAAUGCCGCAGUGGCCAAAUACAAGGACAACACGUCGUUCCAAGCUAAGUUGCAAACGCUCUUGGGAAAACACCAGGAAAACUUUCAACGCAUGGGGCUUUAACCAAUCUCGUCAAGGCCACCACCACCCUCGUACGUAGUAGUAGUACACACUAGAAAGAGUACCCGUAGCAUAGUUAAGCCAUAGAAACGUCUUCAAAAGGCAGCAGUUGUCAUCAUCAUCAAUCAUGUGGUGAGCGUGGAUGGCCUAUGAAUUAAAUACGUUAGUGUUAUAUCUCUCGA